GACCCAGAACCAUUGACCAUAUUGCUCUCCUUGCCUGACCGAGUGACCCCAUCUCAUGCUACACCUUCGGAAUGUUUUCUCCAUCCUUCAGUCACUCCAGUCAGACUGCUAGCUUGAUCCCGCGUAAUUCAGCUAUUCGUCGGAAGGACUGAUCCCGCGCAAUUCAAAGCUCUUAAAGUUUGCAUUUUUUUAGACGAUGGAAGUGCGAUUACUGUUUGUCUUGUUAUUGGUUCAUUACGCUUCUUCCUUGGGCAGAUCGGCAGCCUCUCCGGUUUGUGGUGAUGUUGUCGGAAUCUCUCCUCAAGACGAGGAGUACUACAAAGCGCUAUCAAUGGGGGUGUCCAUAAAAUGCAAAGACGGAUCCAACAAGUUCACGAAGUCUCAACUCAAUGACGAUUUCUGUGACUGCACAGAUGGCUCAGAUGAGCCAGGCACAUCAGCUUGUCCGGAAGGAAAGUUCUUUUGCAAGAAUGCUGGGCAUUCUCCGAUAUUUAUUUAUUCAUCAAGGGUGAACGAUGGCAUCUGCGAUUGCUGUGAUGGAAGUGAUGAGCAUGCAAGUAAAACUAAGUGCUCAAAUACAUGCUGGGAAGCUGGCAAGGAGGCUAGAGAUAAAUUGAAGAAGAAAAUUGAAACAUAUCGAGAAGGUGUUGUUAUACGGAAGCAAGAAAUCGCACAAGCAAAAUUAGCAAUAGUUAAGGAGGAAGAAGAAUUAUCCACACUGAAAAACAAGGAGAAUACACUUAAAGAUCUUGUUGAGGAGUUGAAAG